AAAUAGCACGUUCUCUCGUUACCCUCUGCGUACAUAUGUGUAUGUGUGUGCGUGCGUGCGUGGUGUGUGCAUGCACGACGUGUUGUUGUGUGUUUGUGGGUAAAAUUAUAACCUAAAUGACCUGAGCCAAAAAGGUGCGACGAAAAAAUCGACAAAUUUGCGGAAACCGUUUUUCCCUGAAACUGUGUUUCAUUUUCCACUGGUGGGAAAGCCACGGCCGAAAAACGGUAAGUUGCGUGUGCCUGCGACCAGCAAAAAAAAACGACAAUACACCCAUGCUAAAAGCACACCCGUCCAGCUUUGUGAAAUCAACCUUUUUUUGUACUUAGUAUGGUACAGUGAGAAUGAGAGAUGAACAGGAGCAGAAAAAAAACCACUUGUCAUUGUUGCAAACCAUCCCCAUCGGGGGGUUUUGAGUUAUAUUGUACAAAAUCGGCUUUCAAUCGUAACCAAGCUGCUCUGUGAAAGGUUACAUACUUCUAUCAAAUGAUGUAGUGGCUCCAUAAAACAAUAGUUCGUGCAAAGGAAGGCUCAGUUCGAGAGUACAGCGAUAAGUGUUUUGGGGACCGUUUCUAGGAUGCUCUAGAAACCUGGUGCCGCAUGUGAUAGAUUUCGAAGCGGAUGAAGAAAAUAGACAGCCGAACGUCCUGUGAUAAGGUGCUGCAGCGUGUGGCAGUGAGUAAAACGACAUUUGCCUGGAAAAAAAAGUUAAGCUUCCAAAAGCCCAAAACGGAUGAUCGCAUCGAAUCGUUACAAAAUGCAUUAAAAUCCCAUACGCAUACGCAUACAUGCACGACCCGUGCGAGCGAUACACACCGUGAGGAGCCACCGAGCUACCAACACCUAUACAAACACGAGCAUAAAUCGGAAGCUGUACUUAAGGGUAGAUUGCAUAGAUAUUGCUCCCGACAAAAAAAAAACAUCUGAUUAUGUUCCCGGAUACAGAUUGCCGAACACGUUAUGAUACGGCAGCAUUUCAUUAGCGGUGAAACGGCGAAAGAAAACUUACUUCAUAAUUAAACGGUACGGCCACUAGCAGCAGAAACAAAGCAUACACACACCGAUCAAUGUUCCACCCUCAACCAUCCUGACAUUUCACCCUUGGACAAAUAAUUGGGAAUAUUUUUAAAACAGGAUUCACACCGCCUCAGCGCUAGCGCAUGAGGCCGAAUCGUACGGCAAGUGAGUCAGCAAACCGUCACCCAUUCCCGCACCACCAAUCAAUUAGCUGAAAAAUCAAAUGGUUUCCCCAGUUUCAGUGCUUUCCCUGCGAGAUUCAGGCAGCAGACGGUUUAACAAACAUAUUAAAACAAUCUUUCCUUCUUGUUUUUUUUAGAAUACUGCAGCAGCCGAUUCAUUUUUCACCAACUGGAUUGUUGGUAUAACAUUGGUUUAUUUUGCUACAACAAUAUUUGUUUUCUACGAUCGCUUGCCAAGAGUUGCUUGGUUGAAAGAAAACAUAACAGCAUAGCAAAAGGGAAAUGAAGCGAAAUUUCUAAUCGAAGCUGCUGUUAUCGUUCAAAACCUUCUUUAAAAGUUUACCAUGGGCCAUCGAAACGGUGGACGACGAAAACAGAAUUGAAGAUGUGAACGUGAUGUUUUUUUGUUUGUUUUUUAUCGGAUCUAAUUUUGCAACGGAUUUUCUCACCAACCGGAGAGAGAAGCAUUCGCUUCCUUAACCACAUGCCUGUAGCUGGAACAGACUGUCUUACAUUAGCAAAAAAACAAAGGGAUUUAUCUUUAUUACACAUUUGUUAAUGUGUUCUGCGUCCAUGUAGUAUAUCGAUUUUAUAGGGGAAACAAUUUAGCACAAUAAGACGCUGUAAAUGUGGCGAAAGAUUAAUAUGUACAAUGUGAUAUUGUAAUUACGUUUCGAUAAUUGUUUAACGUCACUAAAUUGCAGUUGCAACAUUUAAAGCGUGUGAUACUACCUGGUAACUAGUGGAAUAAAUUUAAUAGUUUGUGUAAAUGUCGUUGAUUUUAAGCAAACAAAAGUGUAAAGUGAAUCAUAUUAAAAAUACACCAGUGAUCAGUGCUACCGCCCGACUAAAGGAUGGCUUGUACCUUAAACCGGCAUCGUUGCGAGUAAAUAUUAGCUGUGUUUGUUGUUCGGCAUCGUUACUGUGCUUCCAAUUUUCGUACCGUGACACUGCGAGGCACAUAGGCACAAUCAUAGACAAGUUAAACUGUACAUAACCGAUCGUUGGGAUAGUCGCAAAACGUUCCUGCACACAUGUGCAUGUGGUGAGAUUGCAUCACCUACGACGAAGGUUAGGCCGGAUGUAAAUGGACACGUUAGAUACCAUUCUAUCGUUUAUACGUGUUAUCGCAACAUAAAUCGACAAAACAGCAGAAAAAAACCCUGCCCCCCGCGCUAUAUACAGUAACACUGCACACGGUCCCAUUACGAUCCGGAUAUCACCUAGCCCUGUUGCAUUUCGUAAUUUUCUUGUAUUUUAACAUCGAUCAAUCAGCAACAUAAACGCACAACAGCAUCAUUCGCUGAGCCACACAAUAAAACAGACAUCGCAAUGGAGAGUCCGAGUGCCGGUGGGAGGCGCCGCGGCAAUUCGCGCAUCAAUGCGGAAGAUCAAGCCCUUGAUCAGAUUGCAAAGGAGCCGCCCCGGGAUACGAGUAGCAACAGCAGCAGUGGCCAGAAUGACAGCUACCAUGACUCAUCCUCGGUGCAGGAACCAGACAAUCACCAACAACAUCCGCAGUACGCGUACGAACCGCAUCGGCAGUUUCAUCGGCUAUCGGUUUCCCACACCGGCGAGGAGUUUAGUUCCGAAGAGGAUGAAACGUUUGUGGAGCUGCUCGAGCGCGCUAGUGACAUUGCCGAGGCACGGUUAGCAGCUAGGCGUCAGGCACGGGCAGAGGCACGCGAGAUACGCAUGCGAGAACUGGAGCGGCAACAGAAAGAGCUGGAGCAAACGGCCGACCGCGUCUUUGAUCUGCAGCAGCAGUCGAUCGGUUUGUCCGAACCGGCCAACAUGGUUGCGACGCCACGUUCGAGCCGCAUACUGGCCCAGAACGCGGUGACGCGUGGUAGUGCCCUAUCGUCCCGCCGUAACAGUGAGGAUUCCCUAGAGGAGGAAGCCCGCAGCCUACGCGACCUUCGGCAUGAGCUGAAAGACGUAGAAGAGCGUUUCCGCAAGGCGAUGAUUGCGAACGCUCAGCUAGACAAUGAACGGUCCUCGCUUAACUAUCAAAUUCAGCUGCUAAAGGACAAGCUGGAGGAGGUGGAAGAAUCGCACUCGCAGCUGCAGCGCGAGUAUCGGGAGAAAUGUCGCGACCGGGAAGCGCUGAAGCGCAACAACGACAAACUCAGCGAGGAGUUGAAGCUCGUGCAGGGUCAGCUACAGGAGCGUGAUGCACUGAUAGAGCAGCACGGACUAGUAAUAGUAACGGUAGAGAAUGAGGAUGGUACGGAUGCGCACCGCGCCCUAGUCACAGCGGAUAACGCACAACUGCUCAAAUCUGUUCCCGGCUCAUUAGACGUAAGACUGAAGAAGUUUGCGGCCGAAAAGCACGAACUGCAGACCGAACUGCAGGCGCUGCAGCAACAGCUGAACGAUAUCAAGAGCAAGGGCAGACGGUACACCUCCAUGAACGGUUCGCUGGUCGAUGAUGACUACGAAGAUGCGCAGCGGGAAGCUAACAAGCUGAUCACGGAGUAUAAGUACAAGCUGCAGAAAGCGGAGCAAGAGAUCGCAAACCUGCAGGCUAGUCUGGCACGCUCGGAAACGCAGGUGAUCCGAUACAAGAGCACUGCCGAGGCGGCAGAGAAAGCGGAAAGCGAUCUUAAGAUCGAGCGAAGAAAGCUGCAACGCGAGAACCGUGAAGCGAUGGAUCGUUUGGAGGAGCUAGAAACAUCGAACAACCACUUGCUGAAGCGGCUAGAUAAGCUUAAGAACGUCAAGAGCACCAUACUGAAGGACAUAUGAUAGGAAACAAGCGUCCCCAGUCUACCCCCAGUAACAUCCGCGACGAACAGCAGGGACGCGGUCGAGGAUCGGCACAUGGGAACAAAUAAUUAGUGAACCAACCAACCUACUAUCUAGCCGCGGGGCUAGGAGUACCGCUUCGUUAUUAGCAGGACCAUCAUUCCCAAACCAUGAUUCAUUGUUCGCGCCCAAUCAUUUCCUCCCUCCGUUCUUCAACCCCUGUCAUCCUUUCCCUUGACGCGAUCCGCGAUGUAUGAUUUUCUUUAGUACAUAUAUAUUCAGAGGCGGAUUUACAACUCUAGGGGUCGUAAACGGGGAAAAAACCCGUCGAAAUGCUUGGAUUGAAAAAAAAUGUGUAUGAUUUUUUUUUUUGUACUUUGCUAGCACAGGGGGGUCCCCUGCGGCCGCUUCAGUCCCGUUACCGUUAAACCCGCCACUGUGUAUAUAGCCACUAUUACGCCGAAUAAUGCGUACCCAACAGCUGGAUGGCACAUAUGUAAAAUAUUCCUUGACCAUUGAGCAGAGUUGGGGGAGGGAAAAAAACAACACACACUAAAGCCGGUCGCCCACACAGCCAUUGAUUGAUUGUUAACAAGAAAAGAAAUCUGAUGAUUCGUUGUCGAAAUCUACUUUUAUCUCUUCCUUGGUAGCGUUACUAUUUCCUGCCCCCCGCCCCUUGCAAGGCACGAUAUUUGCGUUACUUGCCUAUUGUUACAAGCGCAACUCGUUAUUAUUUCACAAACCACACCAUCCAAGUUUCGUUUAUACGCACAAAUCAGCUUGGCAAGUAAAAUUGUGUUUGUGUGUAUCCAAGUACUAAAUCGGCGUAUGUGUGUGUGUGUGUGUCUGUAUAUUGUAUUCGAUUUCCCUGUACCCUUUAUUUAUUUAGGCAAUGCUUUAUUAUUACUUUAUAUCCCUUGCUUCUGCCAUUAGCGCUUAGUGAUACGCGCGUUACAGCAUACAAGUUACAUCGGCUAAUGGUAAUACUAGACGAUCCCUUAGCGUGGCAAAUUGGACGGAAACCUAGCUGUUUUCCCUUCUGCUACGACAAUUCAAUUGUAUUUGGUGGUAACGGUCUACAUGUCCUGUCUAAUGCCUGCCUUAUACUCGCCAGCGAACUGUAUCAUGUGUGCCACGGAACACAGUGUGAAUCGGUCAGUCUUUAAUACGUUUUUUUGGGAAAGAGAAAAUUCCUUAUUACAGGGUGUAAUAUGCGCUAAACGAGGAUUUUGUUUGUAAUAACUUGAGAACUAGAUGACAGACCGCCAUGUUUUUUUUUAAUGUUUUAGAAACAGUCAAUCGUGCAAACUUUGGUUUACGUUUUCCCUGAUUUCUGUUUGGCGAAAAACAUCACCUACGGUGUUGUUUAGUAGGGCACUAUUGGACCGUCUGUUUCCAUAUACAUUGUAAACUAGCAAUAAAAUUAUGCAAACGAACGAAUAGUUUCGUCUCGUUGCUUUUAGUCCCGUUUUUUGCUGAAGAAUUGUUAUAAUGAGGAAACACAAAACAAAACAAAAAACAAAACAGCGCUGGACUCGCUGCGGUUGUGUAGAAUUUGGUUAGUGUCGUUCGGCUUCUACUACAACCCCCGCAUCCUUCCACACCUCCUUUUUUUUUCUUGCCGUACCGCACAUGAACAUAAAGACAGUAGCAAGAAUACUAUUUUAUUACGCAGCUUACAGUAGUACAGUCAUUUCUUGCCUACAAUAGUUAUGCUUCCCGUACCACUUAGCGCUUGUGUUUAUAGCUGCAAAUCCAUGUCUCCGUGUCCACAUCUCUCUGACACACACUCUCUUCUAUUAUGUUUUGAUAGAAUGGCAACCGGCAGGAACUGUUUUACCCCAACUAUCCCACUAAUCACGGUUUUUAUUUAACAAAAAAAUAGAAAUCCACACUAUAACACACAACGCUGAAGUAAAAAAAAACACAACAAGAGAAAAAAACAAACCCACGGUUGCGACAUACUUACCUAGCGAAACUUUAUUUAUUGUUAUGAUAGAGAUUUUAAACCCACGCACGCACGUUAUAUCGAUUCGAAAAUGGCGGAUAUACAUAUUAUGCAAUACGAUCCCCGCGGAUGAAGGGAAUGUGUCUAUUUUUAUUAAUUUUGUUUUAAAUGUUUGCAUGCGUGUGUGUGUGUAAAGGACGAACGGAGAUAUAUACGGUGGUGUAGACGUUUAGAAAUCAUGUUCCGUUGUGAAGACCGCGCCACGUUGAAAUGGAUUGUUACGGUGGUUUAUUUUGUUUUGCUUCGUUUGUUUUAAACAUGUAAAUUUUGUGUAUCAAUUUUUAAAGAAAGCACUAAUGUAAAUUUAUGUUUUGCAGUUUUGUAUUUGUUUUUCGUUUGUAAUACGUCCAAUCGAAAGACUGUUUUUUUUUAAAUGAUUCUGCAACCGUUUUAUAGCUGAACAUACGCGUUUCGCCUUUAAGAUUCAAUUGUUCUCACCGAAAAACAAAACAAAAAUUACGUUUAUACUGCAAUCCUUAAAAACGUCCGUUUUGUUUACGCUAAAUAGGCUUUACUUCCUUUUGUUUCGCCUAAGCGAAAGAUGUUUCUUUUUCCUUUAUUUGCUGAAACAAAACAGCCGCUACAUUGAAACAGACUAGCGAGAUAGAAAUAAGUGAAAAUCCCUUUAUGCCCGAAAAAACCCUAUGAAAAAAGCUGUGAAAGCUAAGGAUCGUAUAUUUUUCGUUUAUUAUUAUUUACUACCUUUAGUGAGAUGAUAUGUUUUUGGGCAAAAAAGAUACGCAUUAUUGUACUGUAAAAUUGCUAGCACGUUUUAUCUGUUUUUUUUCUCUCUUUUGUAUUAUUAUUUAUUAUUAUGCGCGAACGUCUUUCGAUUGCUGUUCUAGUGAACGUAUGUACGAAAUUACGUAUCGUCACGAAGAUAACAAAUGGGUGAAUAAGAACACGAAAACUAUAGAUGAAAUGUGAAAUGGAGACGAAAUGUGGCUCCUUUAGAGGAAACCGACAAGGUAUCGAGCAGUGUUGAUUGUUGGACAAGUGUAACGAAGAAAAAAACCCGAAACAGAAAACGAACCAGUAAGGGAAAGACGUUAACUAGGCGUCGAAUGGAAAGAUAUAGAACAAAAUAAUCAAAUAAAACACUAGCACACACACACAUACACUCGCGCACAUUCACACGCAAGCACAGUGAGUGUUUAGUGACAAAGAAAAGAAAACAGAAUAAACAAACGCAAUAUGGCCUCACAAUAUGAACAAACUAAACAAAUAACCGAUGAACAAAAAUCAAACCAUAAAAUAAAUUAAGAAGGUAAAUAUUGUUUUUCCCCCAGGCGUACGGAAUGAAAAGUAAAACAAAACCAACCCCCUGAAAGGGUUAAAAACUAUAAAAAAGCACCUUUGGAUGUAAGUGACAAGAAAAGGAAACAAAACAAAAAUGAAUUUGGCAUUAAAGGAACAAAACAGAAAAGUAAUCAAAAGGAAGAAACGGUAUGCAUGUGUGCGUGUGUGCGUGUGUGUAUGUGACUGCAGCAUGCGAUUUAUAUACUUUCGCAAAAAAGUACAUUGUAAGCGUAAUGACGUAACUAGAGAUGAGCAAAUAAAUUCUUUUGAAUGAAAGUA